GUUGGAACCGGUUUAGAUCACCGAGUUCCCGCGGAUCAUCUGCUGGCUUCCUCUUCCUUGCUAUUUCAUCACCUCUCUCUUCUCUCUCUCUUUUUCAUAAUUUAUAUUUAUUUUUCCGUCUUUAUAUUUACUUUGUUUGAGCCUCACCGACACACCUUCGAAUCCUCCUCGUACGGAAACCCUAAUCCCAUCCGUCUUCUUCCGCUUACCCUAAUCUCUCGCCCUUUCUCUCUAGGAUUUGAGCAGGAGUUGUGUCGUUUUUUGUGUGGAGUGGGCGAUAUGCCGGUGCCAUUAUCUGGAUUUGAUCGAAUGAUUCGUUUCAUGGGGAAAAAAUGGAAGAUGUGAUUUUUGAGAUGAUUGGCGGCGUUCUAAAUGGUUAUUCGUAGAUAUGCUGACGAUAUUGUACAGAGAUCAAUCGAGAGAGAUGUUGUUGUGGAUCUGGAAAGUGGCAUGAAUGCACUAAUCAACCAACGAGAGGGAGCAAAAGAUGUGGACUUGAGUGCGGGGCAGGGGAGAAGAGUGAUGAAUAAGGGAUGGGGUGGUCUUAUGGGCAUCGAUGGGUUCAUGCAUGUUGAAGAAGCUGCGAAAUCAGCAAACAUUAUGACAAGUUGUUCUGCGCUUCCUCUCACAAAUGCUGAAGCUUCAGUGGACAAGAGGAACAGAGGAGAGGAAGGCCCAAACCUGUUGGAGAAGAAGGUGGGAGCCGAGAAGACUAAAAAGAAGGGCUGUAAGAAGCCUCCAAAACCUCCCCGGCCUCCCAAGUCACCACCUUUGGAUGCUGCUGAUCAGAAGCUGAUAAGGGAGAUCUCUGAGGUUGCCAUGAUGAAGCGGGCAAGGAUCGAGCGAAUGAAACUGAAGAUGAAGAAUGCCAAGUCGACAUCUUCUAAUGGCAACUUGUGUGCCUUGGUUGUUACCAUUCUUUUCUGCCUUGUUAUAAUCUGGCAAGGAGCUUUCUCUGGAGGCAAUUCUACUGCUGGAUUUCAUGGUUCCCCUGAAUCUUCCCUAAGGAUUGGCAGUGGAUUGAUCUCCGUUCGAAUCCACAAGAAGGCCUCGGAAAAUGGCCGUAAUAUGCCUUACUCAGCAACUCCAAAUAACGCCGAACCAGUUUCUUGAUGAGAUUACCAUUUGAAAGCGAGCAGACUUCUGAAGAUUCAAACUAAAAUCCUGCAAUCCCAGAGAGAGUAACCUUCAUCAGACCUUGUUCUAAACGACUUAUUUCUCCUUUUUCUUCUUUUAUUUUUCGGAGGCCGAUAUCUGCAUUGUGUUUUCUCGUUAUUAUGGUUUGUACAUAUGAGCAGACAACUCCUUUCAGAACACAUGCAUUUUGUAAAUGAUAGGAAGCUCCUGCUAUUUGUUCUUGCCUUCAA